AUGAAAAAGGGCGAGGUUCUAUUCUUGAAGGGCGCGGCAGCAUUUCGGUCGCGUGUUCUACUUUCUUUCCUAUCUUCUCGCCCCAUUCAGAUCGAAGAUAUCAGGUCAAAUAUUGGUUCAGACGGAAUAGGGCUUCGAGAAUAUGAAAUCCAUUUUCUUAGAGCCGUUUCUCAGCUUACAGACGGUACUAGCAUAGAAAUCAACGAGUCAGGCACAUCGGUGAAAAUUGUUCCCGGCAUCAUCAUUGGAGGAUCCUUAAAUUUUGAUUGCGGUGUGGAACGCCCAAUCGGAUACUUUCUUGAAAUGCUGGUCCCCCUUUGCCUGUUUGCAAAAUCGCGAACAUCCCUCACUCUCACUGGGAUUACCCAAUCUUCGCCAGAAGCCCCAUCAGUAGACUCCAUAAAAAUGGUCAAUUUUGGCAUCCUCAGGGCCUGGGGCGUCAAGGAGUCCACUUUAGAUAUCAAAAUCCAGAAGCGGGGAUACUCUCCAAACGGUGGCGGUCAAAUUCUUUUUACAUCGCCGCUUUUGCCGAGGGCCUUUGAGCCCCAGCAGCUCAUUGAUAUUGGAUUGGUUAAGAAGGUUCGAGGGAUUGCCUCUUGUGCGAAGCUUUCUCCCUCCAUUGUGGCAAGGGUGAUUGAUUCGUCAAAAAUGACGCUUUGCAAGCUGCUUCCAGAUGCUCUGAUAUAUUCAGAUGCGAGGAAGGGAUCCGAGGCAGGAUCAUCGCCAGGCUAUUCGCUGACAAUUGUGGGCGAGUCUACAUCAAAUUCUCUGAUCGUUGCAGAGGGUGUGGCCAAUCCGGGAGAAAUCCCAGAGGACCUUGCAAAUAGGGUAACAGCUACCUUUCUCUCAAGGACUGCGACUAUUGGGUGGGGUGAUUCAUCCAGGCAAUGGUUCAUACUGCUUCUUGCAACGCUUUCCUCUGAAGAUGCGUCUUCGAUUCGCUUGGGGCCGCUAACUCCAUUUUCGGUCGAGUUUCUGAAACAAUUGUAUCUCUUUUUUGGCAUUUCUUUCAGGCUCAAGGAGGAUCAAGACAACGGAAGCGUUUUGGCCACGUGCAUUGGGAUCGGGUUUAGGAACAUUGCACAUCGUUCGACAUAA